AUGGCACCCGGCAAUAUGCAGAUAUCAACAUCGGAGGAGGUUGGAACGGCAGACACGGAUUUCAAGCCUCAAGGUUCCCUUCGGGUCGAGGAAUCCCACGUGUUGCAAGACCGAAAUAUCGGGGUCUUCGGGGCCAUUUCGUUAGUAGUGAACAAGAUUGUCGGGGCUGGGAUAUUUUCAACGCCCGCUACAAUCUUCAAACUGAGCGGCAGUGUGGGGAUGGCCUUGAUUAUCUGGGUCAUUGCCGGUCUCAUAUCAACAUGCGGGGCCCUGGUGAUGUUAGAAUUGGGUACUCGGAUGCCACGAUCCGGUGGAAUGAAGGUGUAUCUGGAGGCUGCAUUUGCACCAAAGCUCCUAGUCACCUGUAUAUAUUUGUUCUACUGCGUCUUCUUGCAGGUCUCCGCAAGUAACGCCAUCACCACUUCUAGCUACCUGCUUCAAGCCGCUGGCGUGGACGCCACCACCUGGCGAUUGCGAGGACUAGCCAUCGCGGCCUCGGCAUUCGCGGUGGGCAUUCACACAGUGUGGCCUCGAGGCGGCAAGGCUCUGCAGGACCUACUGAGCCUGGUGAAACUGGUUAUCUUGCUUUUUAUUGUUUGUACCGGGUUCGCCGCUCUGGCUGGCCACGUGCCCAACACACACAAUUUCGAUCUGUCGACUUCGUUUCGCGGAACAUCAAAUGAUGGUUAUAGUAUCGGAACAGCAUUGCUAAAUGCCAUAUUCGCAUUCCACGGUUAUGAUAAUGUUAACACAGUUCUUUCGGAAGUUCGCAACCCCCACAAAACCCUUCGCAUCGCCCUCCCCGCGGCCAUGGGCAUAAUAACGGUGCUGUACAUUCUUGCCAACAUUGCAUACUUUGCCGCAGUACCAAGGGAAGAGUUUCUUCACAGUGAGGUCACAAUCGCCGCCAAUUUGUUUUCAAAUGUAUUUGGUCAGUCUGCGGCGGUCAAAGCACUUCCAGCUUUGGUGGCCAUAUCUGCCUUGGGGCACCUUCUAGGAAUUGCCUUCACCGUUCCCCGUGUCAUCCAAGAGCUGGGCAAGGAUGGCAUUGCCCCCUUUCCAACACUCGUUAUGCAAAACCGACCAUUUCGAACACCGAUCAUGGCACUCAUGAUCCAUCUCCUGGUUACGAUUCUAUUCACAUGCGCGCCUCCAGCCGGUGAUGCUUUCAACUUCGUUGUGAAACUAUCAUCGUAUCCCACGACUGUGCUAUUAACUGCCACGACCAUUGGCCUAAUCAAGCUACGGUGCUCGAGAGAUCCUGAGGAGGACCGGCCUGUGUUCAAGGCCCCAUGGGCAAUUAUUGUGUUCUACUUGGCCGGUAGCAUGUUCCUGAUUGUAAUGCCCUUCAUACCUCCUCAUGGAGAUAGUGAGACUUCAGGCCUUCCAUAUUGGCUCUCACCGGUUGUGGCACUUGGCAUCCUUAGUUUGGGCUUUAUUUAUUACCUCGUGCCUUUCGUCCUGCUGCCGUCGCUGUUUGGAUACCGAUUACGCCCAACCGCAGUCGAGCUGAGCGAUGGUUCGCAUGUCACACGGUAUAGACGGAAGACAGACUCAAAAGGAUGGCUGGCCUACUUGCCUUUUCUUUCGACUUGA